UUGGAGCAGUCGCAGAUCGUCAGGACUUGGUGUGAUGCGCAUGCAUUUCAGUGAUUUCAGUGAACAAUUGGUGAAAUUGCGUGGUUAGCGCAAUGGUAGAACAGUAAUGCCGAUAACAAGACCGAGAUUAGUGACAUUUGACGUUACUGGGACAUUAUUGAGGACUAAGUUGGAACAUUAUGGGGAAAUUGGGAUGAAAUAUGGUGCACCGGAACUCAAUCUUCGAGUACUCGCGCCAAGUUUUAAACAACACUACUCUCGCUUGUCCCGUGAACAUCCGGUUUUUGGUAAACAUACGGGUCUUGGCUGGCAGAACUGGUGGAAGAAUCUUGUUUAUGGGGUUUUUCGGGAUCAACAUCCAGGAAUAUCCCAAGAUAUUCUGGAGAAGGUAUCAAACAAUCUAGUCAAACUGUACGGGACACACGAGUGUUGGGAGAAGUACCCAGGGACAAAAGAUAUUUUGAGUUACCUGAACGAGCGAGAUGUAAUAAUUGGAGUGAUAUCAAAUUUCGACGACCGUUUGGAGAAUAUCCUGGAGAGUACCGGCAUCCGAGAACACUUUUCCUUUGUUCUGACUUCCUACGAUUAUGGGUGUGAGAAACCAGAGCUCGGUAUCUUCGAGGAGGCCCUAAAAUUGGGAGGAAAGGCGAGAGGAGAGGCGAUAAAACCAGCGGAGGCCUUUCACGUCGGGGAUAAUUUCAAGUUGGAUUACAUUGGAGCGAAAAGGGCGGGAUGGUACGCAUUCUUGAUGACACAUGACUGUCAAACUCCGGAAAAGUACAAAGAUAUUCCGAAGUUCGAGCUGUUUGCUAAUCUUGCGGAAUUAAAAGACCAUUUUAAAACUUUAUUGAAUUAACUACUCAGUUAUCUUGAAGGGGCGAUACAGAUGUGCAAAUGUAUAUUCAACAAUGCAAAUGUAUAUUCAACUAGUUAGAUUACAAAAAUUAUGAAUAAAAAUUAAAUUUCAUACAAA